AUGGCUUCUUCUGUAUACCAAUCACAGAAAAAGGGACCGGUCAAACGUGAGAUGAUCAUCACUCCUUUUGGAUCUCAACUAGAUGACAUAAAUAAGGCUCUUUUCGAUUAUCGCUACAGAAAGCAAACUCAACAUCAUCAGCAAAACAAUAACAAGUUUUACAACAAUGGUGGUGUUCAUCAUCAAAAGAAUCAAAUGAGGGUUGUUCCUACUCAUCAUCAUCAUCAUCAUCAUCAUCAUCAUCAUCCUCAACAACAACAAGGGGUCCAUCAUUCUCAUGGUCAAUAUCCUCAUCGUCAAGUUGUUGGAGGGAACAACCAUCUCAACGGUUCAGGAGUCGCUAAUACCGCUGGAUUUGUUAAUAGAAACUUACCAACUCCAGCACCAACUCCUAUGGUCAAAGGUAUGCCUCAGCAAGCUCAGCAACAGCAAGUUCAACAAAUGCAAAACAUUUCUUUGUUGCAACAUCCACAACCUCAAAUGUUUCCAUCAUCUACAUCUGGAAACCAACAAGUUUUUCAAAGUGUUGUUGCUGCUUCUCCUGAUAGUUUUGUUGAAGAACUAGUCUCUUCAUCAAAAUUUGAUCCUUUUGUUCAUUCAACUAAUCUAUCAUCAUCUGUUAGUUCAGGUGGUGGUUCAACUGUUUCUUAUGGUUCAAAUAACGAUGAAUAUUUGAAUGGUAAGGAAUUAUUUAAUGUUAAUGUUAAUGUUCCUAAUGAAUUUUUGAAUAAUAAAAAUAAUAAUAAUUAUAAUGUUAAUAAUGGGUUUGAGUUUAAUAACGAAAAUAAAAAUUCAGUCAAUUGUGUUUUGAAUAACAAUCGUUCUGAUAAAAAUUUUGGUUGGUUAAAAAUUUGGGGAAAUGAUAUGUCUGUCUGGGGUUGA